UACAACCAGGAGCAUCUGCACAACUUUUUGCUCUCUUAUCUUUCUUAAUUAACAGAAAAAGCAAGUCAAGUCUGAAUGAAGAAGCACCUUCCGCGUUAUGCUGCUAGUUUUCCUUUCCGAUCACCAUCCGUUGCAGCGGUUCGAUUUAGCGUGAAGAGUCUUGAAUCGUUGGACGGCAAGAGCUCAGCAUCGUUCAAGAACGCCGAACAGAGUGUGUUGUGAAUCGUUGGAGAUCACAGGAGUGGGUGGAUUGUGUUGUCUGAGCAUUCCUCAGGUGAAUUUUGAACGCGGAGCCCAGAAGAUCCGAUAUGGUGGGCGUCUUCCUCAAUUUCUUUUACUGGCUUUGUAGCAUCUGCUCCACCAAUUCUCUCGAGAUGGAAAGAGAAGAACCCACUCCUUCAGCAGAAGAUCCGACGUACGGGGCGUCUUCCUCAUCGACCUCUCCUAGUGCAGGUGACUAUGGAGGUGGAACCAAAAAGACGAAGGGAGAUAAUUACGAAGUGUUCUUGAGCUUUAGAGGGAAAGACACUCGUCAAGGCUUCACCGAUCAUCUCUACACGAGCCUUGUCAAUGCAGGAAUUCGCGUGUUCAGAGACGACAAUGAUCUCCGCGUUGGCGAGGGGAUUGCUGAGGAGCUUCUCUGCAGUAUUACACAGUCCAAGAUCUCGAUCCCGGUUUUCUCGGAGAACUACACUUCUAGCAAAUGGUGCCUUCGCGAGCUAACUCACAUGUUGAAGUGCAAGGAAACCAACGGGCAAUUAGUGUGGCCCGUAUUUUACAAAGUGGCACCCUCACAAGUGCGGCAUCUUACAGGGAGAUUGGGAAAGUCUAUCAAUGCACGGGGAGAGAAAUUGGACGAAAUGGUUGUGAAGGAAUGGGAGAAAGCACUUGAAGAAGUCGGCUCCUUGAAAGGAUGGGAAUCCGAGAAAAUUCAUAAUGGCUUCUUGACAGAUAUUCGAGAAACAUGCGCACGCAAGGGUAUUGAAUGCCUGCAAAAUCAGCUCAUUUACGAUAUACUAAGAAGUACAUAUGAUGUGUCUAAUGCUGAGGAGGGAAUCGCUGUCAUAAGGUCUCGCUUUACAAGUAAGAAAGUCCUCAUUGUACUUGACGAUGUGGCUGAUAAUACUCACUUGAAUUGUUUGGCCGGAGACAGGAGUUGGUUUGAAGCUGGUAGUAUGGUCAUCAUAACAACUAGAAACAAGGGUAUUCUUGAGGAGGCUACGGCAAGCCACAUCUACCAACUCAAAGAGUUGCCUUCGGAUCAAUCGCUGAUUUUGUUUAGUAGAUAUGCUUUUCGAAAGGAUUCUCCUCAGAGCAAUUAUGACAUUAUCUCUGCUGAUGUUGCAUCAACCACUGGGGGGCUUCCCUUAGCACUUAAAGUUAUAGGUUCAUUCUUAUGUGGAAAGAGAAAAGAAGUAUGGAAAGAUACAUUAAAAAAAUUAAAGAAGGUGCCUCACAUAGAAGUGCAAGAGAAGUUGAAGAUAAGUUACGAUGCGUUGGAUUCUGAGGACAAACAGAUAUUUCUGGAUAUUGCAUGUUUUCUUAUUGGAUGGCGUAAACAAAGUCCGACUUAUAUGUGGGAUGCCUGUGAGUUUUUCCCGGCGAAGGGGAUUGAAGUAUUAAGUCUUUUGUCCCUCAUUGAAAUUGACGAAGGCGGAAAGCUAGUAAUGCAUGAUCAAUUAAGAGAUCUUGGAAGGGAGAUUGUUCGUCAAGAAAAUCCAAUGGAGCCUCGGGAGCACAGUAGAUUAUGGAAUUACAAGGAUGCCGAAGAUGUGUUUGACAACAGCAAGGGUACUAGAAAGAUUGAGGCCCUUUGUUUUGACAAGUCUGAUAGGGGAAGAAGUUAUACGGCUGAACAAUUUAAAGAGCUGGCCAACUUGAGGUUCAUUCAAAUGAAAGGUGGGAAUUUCACUGGAGAUUUCCAUAACUUGCUUCCUCAAUUAAUAUGGCUCCAAUGGCAGUUUUGUCCAUCAGAUUUCGCAGCGGCCAACUUUCAUCCGAAGAAAUUAGUCGUGCUCGAUCUAUCGCAUAGCGACAUUUCAGAGAACUGGGGAGGAUGGGGUCCACUAAAGUUUCAAGGAGAAACAGAAACUCUGUCACAGUGGCUUGUGUUCUUGGAGAUUUUGAUUCUUAAAGAAUGUAUGAGGCUGGAAGAGAUUCAUUCUUCUAUCGGAGACCUCAAGACCCUCGUCUCCUUGAAUGUCGGGGGUUGUCGUAAAUUGAAGGAGCUACCGGUUGGAGUAGGUAAAAUGGAAAAUUUGAGGGAGCUUAUCUUAGAUGGUACUGCCAUACGAGAGAUUUCCAUUUCGAGAGGUUGUUUGACGAAGCUGGAGAAUCUAAGUGUUUGGCAUUGUGAAAAACUUGCUCAACUGCGGGAAUCUAUGGGCUCUCUUGUGUCGCUAACUCGGCUGAACUUAUCACAGUUAUGGAUUGAAGGAUUACCCGAAUCAAUUGGUUCUUUGAAAGAGCUCGAGACUCUUAAUGUCUCUGGUUGUAAAUCGUUGGCCCGCAUACCCGGCUCCAUAGGACAUCUAGCAUCUCUUUCUGUCCUUGACCUAAGAGAUUGUGGUAAACUUGCUCAACUUCCGGUCUCCCUAUGCUCCCUCACGUCUUUGAUCGAAUUGAAUUUAGCAUGGGCAGCAAUUGCGGAAUUGCCCGAAAGCAUUGUGAAUCUGCAGAAUUUGAGGAUUUUGGACAUUAGUGGGACCCACAUAACAGAAUUGCCUCGUGACAUUGGAAUGUUGGCGAAACUCCAAGUGUUGAGAGCUUGGGGAUGCAAAAAUCUGGAAGGACUGCCCGAUAAUAUAGCCCAACCGACUUCGCUCAAGUAUCUCGACUUAGACAAGUCGGGCAUCUCGGGCUUGCCGUAA